CAGCUACGCGGGGCAGUUAAACCCGCCUAUGAACAUCGAAUCAAUAAAUAUCUGAGUCGGUUGAUGUCGCCCUUGCUCUACCAAGAUGGCAGAAGCACAACGCAGCAACAUCAAUGACGAGAAUGGCUGCGAGAUUGCUUCAUAUUUGUCGGACACAAAAAAGAAAGACGAUGACAAAAUUAGAAAAUACGAGCUGGUCAUAUACCAUGAUGAAGACGACAGUGCUCACGCAGACUUCAUUGAAAAAUCCUUGAUGGCAGCCCUUCGAGGUAGUGGUGUAAAAUCAUGGAAGUUUCAACCAGGGCUGAAAAAAGAAAAGACUGUUUUUAUAGUCGACAGCAGAGGAUGCAUAGUUGACUCCACUACUUACGAUGAACGCCUGUACCACCCUAAAGUCUUCGGUACGUCGAAACCAGUGCAUGUCUUUCUGUUCUCAAGCAAGCAUAUGAGCAACAGAGAAAGUCACUUGUGCCGUUUGAUGUUGGAGAAGUAUGAGAAACAUGCCAACAGGGUGAUUGGAAUUUUGGUGGAUGACACCACUUUUACCACCAAACGUCGCAAAUUACCUAGGAUCAAAUGGGUUGGUUUUCAUGAUCCGAACUUUUCGCAGACUUUUCGAGAGGCAAUAGUUAGUCAGCCUUUCAUACCGUUAGAUCUAUUUACGCCAAGGAACCUUUCGUUUAAAAAUGCUCGGCGACAUUCUAAAAGUUAUCCCGGCGAAACAGUGGGCAAACCCAUUGCUACGAACUUGAAGAGGUCAGCGUGUCAGUCUCCAGACAUUCUUCAAAUGUCCCAGAAACGAAUGCUCAACGAAGGUGACCCAUUUGGCAAUGAGAACGAUACACAAGAAAAAAUUGUUAGUAAAAGGGUCGAAGAUACAGGGGCAAGCGACGGGACGAUCUCUUGUGACCACAAUACCUCGUUUCAUGAGGCAAUGCCAACAGAGACAAAACCUGCCGACACGGAAAAUAUCGACGCUAUUCAAGUACGAAGUCUUCUGGGUUCUAUAAGAGAGGUAAUCCAAGCAAAUGGCGUAAAACUUGAUGAAAUUCAACGUGCAAGUGAUCAGCACGAUAAAACUAUCCGUCUUGUCAAGCAUGAGCAGCGGCAGGUAAAGAAUGUUGUAACCACCGUGCAACAACAGCUGACUAGUCUGGAAGCCGCGCAAGAACAGGUACUAAAGGAGGUACAGAACCUGAAGUCACCCGAGUACCAAUCUAGUGAACCCGCAGCAGACAUUGUGCCAUCAGAAUUACAUGGUCUGUUUAUGGAACUGAAAGAUAAAAUAGGUGACCUUUGGAUCUUAGUUGCCGUGUAUCUAAGACUACCAAAGAAGAUAAUCGAUGACAUCCGUAUUAAAUAUGAGCAGCAUGGGAGAGAAGUACAGAUCUACUUCAUGCUGGAGACAUGGGUGCGGUUGAAGGGGGCCGACUUGAACGCACUGAAAGCUGCUGUAUCUGCCGUAGGACUACGGGCCGUUAUGGAAGGUCGAUCUAUGCCUCUUGAAAAGCUGUACAUUCUGAGAUGCAGCCGCGGCCAGAUGGUGGACGAUCUUCUUCUUGCACCACUCAUCUGCGACUAUCUGAUGGAAGACGGGAUCCUUACCAUGACGGAGAGAAACGCGGUGUGUCUGGAGCCUACUGACCACAGGAAAGCUUCUAAACUUCUGGACAUAUUGGAAUGCAAAGAUGAUGAUGCUUUUUAUAAGUUCGUCAAUGCCUUAUGGAGAACAGGACAGCGGCAUUUAGCAGAGGCACUCUAUGUUGGCGCUGACCGCAAGUCUUUAAUACUUCAGGCUGAUGCCUUUGGAAAUUAUGAUAGUGAAACGUGUGGUAAACAGAUAUACUCUGACAACACGGACUUGAAAUUGCCAACAAUGUGUACGCAAUCUUCUUAAUGCAUUUUAAGGGCACUUUUCAGGGACGUAAAUAAUAUCAUUCACUGUAUAGUAUACCUUUUUUGUGUCCAAGAGCCAAAAGGGAAACUUGACUUCAGAGCAUCAAAGUUCUGGGUUUAAUAUACAUCUUCCGGCACACAAAUUUCCUCGUUUCCUUAAGCCUUUGACUGUCCCCAAAACCAUUGCUAGUCCAUUUUAGAGCACUAGUCAACUGAUAUUCCUCAACAAAGAUUUGCUGUAUUCAUUGUCUUGUUGGAAAUUUUACUUAAUUUC